AUGGCUGAUUCUCUUUCGACACCCCAGACUAGCCGCCCCGGAUCUCCUAGCGACUUUGUUCCUCAUAUUUCUACUUCUGACGACGAAUUACAUCCUUCCCUCCCGAAAGUCCCGGACACUGGCACUGACCAUCUUAAACAACCCGUUACACCAACUCGAGACUCCCGCAUUGUGGACGAAGUACAGGGCGCUACCCCUGGGUCAGCCAAGGCUUCCGCACAGCAGACUUUGGCUUUGAAAAGCGUACAAGGGAAACAAGCUAGGCCAGAGUGGCUGACAAGAUUGGAUAAGGAAAUGAAGGAUAUAUUGGUGCAGAUGCCAGUCUUGGAUUUUCUACAGCGUUUCGUUCGUGGAAAAGAGCCCAUGGCUGAAAUAAAAGCUAAACUCGCAGAAAUUAAGCUCAACAAAGACAAAUUCACGGUGCAAGAGCGGCAUAUGUACAAUGAUCUUUGUGAAUUCAUAAACACAAUUUCAGACAUCUGCUCAGAGGGCGGUGUGUCUGGGUUGAAGCUUGUGGCGAAGGACACGGGCGCGAAUCCAGACACCAGCAUUGGCGGCGACGGCAGCAAGAAUAAACCAGAUGUCUCGAUCUUCCCAGAACGAGAUGAGACUCAUGCGACAUGUCAGCCCGCGAUGAAGGCAAAGAAGAGCACGGCAAAGAAGAACACGGCAAAGAAGAGCGCGGCAAAGCAGGGCGCAGCAAAUGCGAAGCAGGCGCAGACGCCAUUCAAGGCCGCUACAUCCUGGCAUCGGGCCUCCUUGGUCAUCGAGUGCAAGAGCUCGAAUUCAGAUGGACACCCGUUCUCAUUCCGCCCAGCGAGCACUAGCAAGUCGACAAAGCCAUCAGGGACUUCUGACAAGUCGACAAAUGCACCAGGGACUUCUGACAAGUCGACAAAGGCACCAGGGACUUCUGACAAGUCGACAAAGGCACCAGGGACUUCUGACAAGGAAUGCGAUAGCGCGGCACCCAAUCCGCAAGCAGAGAAGGAUGUCUUCCUUCCCCAGGCAGACGAGGCCAUCAAAUCGAGGGGCCAGCUCAGCGACUAUGCGAUGCAUCUAAUGCGGAGUCAGCCUCGGCAAUUUUGCUUCAUGGUGGUCGUCGCGGGCUGCUACGCGCGUAUCAUGCGAUGGGAUAGAUCUGGGGCCAUCGUUUCCGAAGCAUUUGAAUUCGUCGAGGACCCGUCGACUAUGGUCACGUUCUUGUACAACUACAUGACGAUGACACAAGAAGAGCGUGGCUUUGACAUGAGCGUUGUUGAAGCAUCGGACGAUGAUAAGAAGGAGAUGAUAGCGUGGAAGGAUCGCAUGGUGCAGGACAAGGAGUUGUCGGACUAUCACAUCGAGCGCUACAAGGAGGCUAUGGAAACGAAAUGGCCGAUCCACAAAGUGACGAUCCCCCGCGAAGACCUCAUCUCGGCCGCGGAACUUGAGCCUAAGGUCGACGAGGCCAGUGCGCCCAAAGAUUCACCACAAGCAGGUUCGGACAUCCCCACAGAGGAUCUGACGCUGCUAAUCGGAAAACCUCUGAGCAUGAGCAAUUCGCCCACGGGUCGUUCGACGAUCGGAUAUGUGGCAUUCGAUAUACGUGGAAAGCGACUGGUCUUCAUGAGGGAUUCGUGGCCCUAUGACUCGCCACUGCGGAAAACAGAGCGUAUUGUCUACAAGGAUCUGUGGCAGAAUGGGGUGACGAACAUUGCCAGACCCAUCAGCGGUGGGAUAGUCAAGAACGGCGACAAGAUCCACAGGACAAUAACGCAGAAAUAUGGGAACGCCGAAUACGGAAAGGACACGAGAGCACGCAUCCAUUUCCGUCUGAUCACUGACGAGGUUUACGAACCACUGGAUAAUUGCAAAUGCUCGUAUGAGCUAAUUCUCGUUUUGACGCAUUAUCUAGCUUGGACCAAAGCCGACAUCCUACACUGUGACAUCAGUAGGGCCAAUGUCAUGGUCAAGCGUACUGGGCCUAAAGUCGGACAAGUUGUAGGCAUCCUCAUUGACUGGGACUUGUGCAAGUACAAAGACCAACUGAAUAAGGGAUCGAGCAACCCUACUCAUUCGGGAACGUGGCAGUUCAGCUCAGCCAUGCUCCUGCAGUACCCUAUGAAAUUGCGCCAGGUAUCGGACGACCUCGAGUCCUUUGUCCACGUCCUCCACUGGACAAUCCUCAUGUGGUACGAGCACAGUCUGUCCGGCCUUCCAAGUGAGCUCCGUCGCCUUGUGUCCAGGACCUACGACGAAUUCGAGACCUUUGGGGACUAUGACACGGGCGGAUUUGAUAAAUACAACUACAUGCUUUUGGGGGCAUUGCCGUUCGCAGAUCUGUCGUCCGAGCCUCUGAAGGCGUUGACCGAGAAUCUGGCAGAAAUAUGCAAAGAGCAUUACAACGCAUCGUCUACGAAGGAGCAGAGAGCAAAGCUUGGGGCUAUCAAGGUACAAAAGGGCAAGAAAUCUCCAUCGCAGCCCCCGGCGGCCCCAGUCGAGAUCGAUAUUUCCGUUCGCCACUACAAUCGUGUGGAACAUCAAGGAGGACAUGCCAAGAGUUCUCACACAGAAGAUGCAAGGCCGCUGCUCGAUACCAGUACCACGCCCAAACUACAAGAGCAUUUCUGGAUCUGGCACGCAUUCAGGGAAGUGAUCGAAGAUAUGGAGAAGAACCGCUAUACGCAAAUUACCAUCGAUAAGGUGGACAAACCUCAGUUCACGCCCGCCACAGAAUCAGCCACGCAACAAAGCACGAGGGGUCAGAAGCGACCAUCGCAAUCGUCGGGCGAAUCCACUCGCUCAAGCAAGAAAGCCAAAACGACGCACGGGACACGCACUAUGAGCUCCUCUAUGGGCACCAUCUUUGAGGAGGAUGAGCACUCCGGCGACGAAACUUGA